AAAAAAAAUCUCAAAAGAAACUUGUCAUCUCCCCUACAGAGUAUAAACAUUCCUCUUUUGCUUUGUGACCCUCUCUCUCUCUUUCUCUCUCUCUCUCUCUUUCUCACACGCGCACAGCUUCUGAAGCUCUGCAUCGGAAGCUGCCCAUGUUGGCGUGCUUUCCGGACCACCGAAGAAUGUGCAGAGCUCCUGCUAUUGUGUACCUCUUUCUUUCCCUCUUCUUCUCUGUCCUUUUCUCCACUUCCACUGCUUGCUCGAAUGGGAAUUGCCAGGUUCUGGAAGCUUGUUCGGCUGCCACAGACUGUGGGGCAGGCCUCUACUGUGGCAACUGCCCUGCUCUGGGCAAGACUCAGCCUUUCUGCACCAGAGGCCAAGCCACCAUUCCCACUUCAAUUGUUAAUGGGCUUCCUUUCAAUAAGUAUUCAUGGGUGGUGACUCACAAUUCGUUUAGUAUUGUUGAUGCACCGCCUUUGCCGGGUGUUCAGAGACUGACAUUUUACAAUCAAGAAGACCCCGUGACUAAUCAGCUGAGAAACGGAGUGAGGGGAUUGAUGUUGGAUAUGUACGAUUUCGAUAAUGAUAUCUGGCUCUGCCACUCGUUUCGAGGGCAAUGUUUCAACUUCACUGCAUUUCAACCUGCAAUUAACACUUUGAAGGAAGUGGAAGCAUUCUUGAGUGAAAACCCAACAGAGAUUGUGACCAUCAUUAUUGAGGACUAUGUGCAAACUCCCAAAGGGUUGACAAAUCUGUUUGCCAAUGCUGGGUUGGACAAGUAUUGGUUUCCCGUGUCCAAGAUGCCCAAAAAGGGUGAAGAUUGGCCCACUGUGACUGAGAUGGUGCAAGACAAUCACCGGCUCCUAGUUUUUACUUCUGCCACUUCAAAGGAAGCGGAUGAAGGAAUUGCUUAUCAGUGGAAGUACAUGGUGGAAAAUGAAGCUGGAGAUCCUGGGGUGGUAAGAGGUUCAUGUCCUAAGAGAAAAGAGUCAAAGCCGCUGAAUUCAAGAAGUGCAUCUCUGUUCUUUCAGAAUUACUUCCCAACAAUUCCAGUUGAGGCUGAAGCUUGCAAGGAGCAUUCAACUCCACUGGCUGAGAUGGUUGGUACCUGUUACAAAGCAGCAGGGAACUCGAUGCCUAACUUCUUGGCUGUCAACUUUUACAUGAGGAGUGAUGGAGGAGGCGCGUUUGAUGCUACCGAUAGAAUGAAUGGACAGACAUUAUGUGGUUGUAGUACUGUUACUGCCUGCCAGGCUGGAGCACCUUUUGGGUCAUGCAAGAAUGUACCUGUUCCUAAUCCAAGCCCAUUAACCAAUACUGCAGGAAGCUUUACUGGAUCUGUUCAGUUCUCAAGAUCUGCUUCAACAGCCCAUUCUCCAAGUUGCUUGGUUCUUUUCUUGUUUUAUUUUCCAUUGAUGGCAGUUUUCUUAUGAUUACCACGGCUCAUUAUAGGACUAGGCAUGGGCUACUUCUUGAUGAGAGGCUAGUGUGUUAGCACGUUUAACUUAUAGUCAAAAUAGGUAUACUGCAUCCCUUGCUUAUUCAGUUGAGGGUCAAGAAAUGCUUGUUGGUGUUACGAAAUCUCAUUGUAAAGGAAGAACAUGUCAGGUUCUUGUAUUAAGGCGAAGAGGUAGGGGUUUGGACCGGAAGAAAACAAAGAUAGGAGGGAACGAGUGUACCAAGAAGUGGUUCAGGUACACAUUUUCCCUUAACACGAUAUGUGUCAGAUACCAAGAUUUUAUCAUAUCUUUUCUCUUUGCUGCCA